AUGACGAACAUCGAAACCCAACGCCUCUACCAUUUUAGCUUCCACCCGUCAUCCGGGGCCUUGUCCAAACCCUGUAAUAACGCCUCUGACUCGACAUCCGCAUUGCGACGAUCCUGGCUGGGCAGAACGCCAAAACAGGCCGACCGUCACGAAAACGGCGCACUCGGGGCUGGUUUAGCUCCGGGACGCCAUCCUGGGAAGGUACCAAGCUUCCCAGGCGAAAAUGGCGCUAGGGAGCAAUUACCCGACCACGGUUCCAGCACGGUUCCAGCACGGUUAUGGUGUUGCUUCCACGGUGCAGUAGCCGAGAACCAACUGGCCUCCAUAGCCUACUACUGCAUUCUCUACAGCAACACAAGGAGGGCGGCCAGUGACUGGACGGAUCCCCCUCGUGUGAUUUUUAUACACGGAUGUCAAGGGAAGGUUCAGGGGUGCUGGCUUGGCAGACGCCACCAAAUGCUUUCUUUUUUAUCGCCCAGCAAUUUCCAUUCUACAACAGCUCUUCAUGUUGUGGAAACUCUACUCCAUCACAGGAAAACGUUACUCUAUCGACAGAUUACUCAGAGCAUACAAGGGCAGAACAAGAGCCACCCUCUUGAUAAGCAGCAGCAGCAGCAGCAGCGCCGGCGCCAUCCCUUGGGAGUUGGCGGGCGAACGAAAUGCACUAACUUGGACGAGUGCAGCAAGAUGAUCAUGAUCUUCGAUGUGGCUGUCCAUAGCGGCAGCCGGCGUCUCUUACGGCUGAAGCGGGCUGAGCAGUGA